CAGGACGGGGGGGAAAUAUUGUACAAUUUGCCAUCUAAUAAGUGGUUAAUCGGUAGUAUUGACAAGCUAGCUACGGUUGUAGAUAAGCGAGGUGGACAUUCGGGACAUCUGUCUUAUUAUAGCUUCCGACAGAAUGUUUUGCCUUGUCGGGAACCGAAUUUAUUUUUCCUGAAGAAUCAGUGUUUUUACUAUAUUGCUAACCGAUAGCCAGAGGUCUCAGGUGGUGGUGUGUAAAGAUUCCCUGUGAAAGAUGAACGGUCUGCCUAUCAGUGAGCUAUGCUGCCUGUUCUGCUGUCCCCCGUGCCCCAGUCGCAUUGCUGCCAAACUGGCUUUUCUGCCUCCUGAGCCGACGUACGCUCUUCUCCCGGACCUGGAGGCCGGGUCGGUGGCCAGCGGAGUGAGCGCGUCAGGCCUUCGAUCCCGCGGCGGUGGAGGAGGAGCGGCGGGCGGGGGCGGCGGUACCAGCGGCGAGAGCCGAUGGAAGCUCCACCUGACGGAACGCGCCGAGUUCCAGUACUCCCAGAGAGAGCUGGAGGGCUCCGAGGUCUUCCUUACGCGCUCCAGCCGUGGAAACCGAGUCGCCUGCAUGUACAUCCGCUGUGCUCCCGCUGCCAGGUACACUGUGCUGUUCUCUCACGGUAACGCGGUGGACCUGGGCCAGAUGAGCAGCUUCUACAUCGGCCUGGGCACGCGCAUCAACUGCAACAUCUUCUCCUACGACUACUCGGGCUACGGGGUCAGCACGGGCAAGCCGUCCGAGAAGAACCUGUACGCCGACAUCGACGCUGCGUGGCAGGCGCUGCGCACACGGUACGGCAUCAGCCCGGAGAACAUCAUCCUGUACGGGCAGAGCAUCGGCACCGUGCCCACGGUGGACCUGGCGUCGCGGUACGAGUGCGCCGCCGUGGUGCUGCACUCCCCGCUCACCUCCGGCAUGAGGGUGGCCUUCCCCGACACCAAGAAGACCUACUGCUUCGAUGCGUUUCCCAACAUUGAGAAAGUCUCCAAGAUCACGUCGCCCGUGCUGAUCAUCCACGGGACUGAGGACGAGGUGAUCGAUUUCUCUCACGGACUGGCCCUGUUCGAGCGCUGCCCCAAGGCCGUGGAGCCCCUGUGGGUGGAGGGGGCGGGGCACAACGACAUCGAACUGUACAGCCAGUACCUGGAGCGUCUGCGACGCUUCAUUGGCCAGGAGCUGACCGCGCAGCACGCCUGAGCUCCGCCUCCGUCUCUGUCCGCUCGUCUCACUCGCUUCGUCUUUCUCCUUAUCUUUCGUUUUCUCUCCCUCCCUCCCUCCCUCCCUCCCUCCCUCCUCCCCUCAUUCGUCUGUCCGCCCGCAAUGGCGUGAGGAUGGAGAAGUGCGCGCUGGGUCUCUCUCUCCGGCCCGAGGCACCCCUCGUCUGUCCAGCCAUUGUGUGUGUGCGGACGUGUGUGUGUGUGUGAGUGUAUGUGCGCGUGUGUGUGUGUGCGUGCGCAUGCGUGUCCCAGACACAUCUACCGCCUGCCAAGCCUGGAAAACCUCUGGUGUUACAGAGAAACCCUUCCCCCUCUCCCCCUGUUCUGUCCCCUCUUGAGUUCCAACGAGUUUUCACCUCUUUGGGAGCUUCACUAAAGAAGCCCAGCUGCCCGUAUUUGCUCUUUGCAUUUUCACACACAAAAAAAAUUACUUUUUUUCUUUUUCUUUUGUUAUUAUUUUUUAAACGAGGAACAAGACUGACACCUACAUACAUCAUCUCCCUCCCCUCUCUCUGUUUUUGCCUGCCCCCCCCCCC